UUUGCUCACUUCUAACGAGUAGCCCAAAAAAGCACUGCCCCCAUCGUCUUGUCUGAGUCGCCGGCGGGCGUGGAGGCGGCGAUGCUGCGGACGGUGCUGCGCCGGGGAGGAGCGGCCAUGAAGCAGUCCGCGUUGGCCGAGGGAUCUACGGGGAAUCUUCUCCGGCUGAGCGUGGCGGAGCGGGAGCGCUCUCGGCGGCGUCGGCGCGACCCGGCGCGCGACGAGUUCUUCGUGCCGACGCCGGAGUCGCUUGCCUGGCUGGACUCCGUUACCCUGCCCAUGAUCCUCACCGCCGCCGCCGUGGCCCUCUUCACCAAGCUCCUCAUGAUGGAACAUGAAGCUACAGAUCAAGAAAGGAGAGAGCGCAAGAUAAAGAACAGUCACCCUGAGCAGGGAACAGUGCGGAUGCUUUCACGUGAAGAAUGGGAUGAAAUCCAAGAAGUCAGGCCAAGGACUCCCUUUGAAUCAAAGUUAGCCCGUCCACAAGCCCGCUUAAGAACAGGGGAACCAAUGCGUCUGGAGGAUGCCAAGGACUGGGCUAUUGAUGUGCUCACGGAUGCCUUCACUCGAGCAGAAGAGAGUGCUAAGCGAAAGUGAUUCGGAAGAAACGUACGCAUCCAGUUUGGAGUUUUGUUUGGACGAAACACCUGGGAGUUCUCUUGAACCCACAUUUCAUGUUCUGUUUUGAAGCUUGAGUAUCUGACUCCCUGUAAAUGCGAACUCCUGCAAAGCUGGUAUUCUCGAGAAAACUCCAGCAACGCUGCGAUGAAUUACGGUAGCUAGAAUAACACUUCCUUGCUAGUAAUAAGUAGACUUUCCUUUUGGAUCUGUGCCGAAGCCUGCACUGUUCGACUUGAUGAAUUCAUCAAUUUACUAAAUUCUGAUUAAA